UUUCAUGUGCGCUAUGCUUAAUCUGGUAAAUUAUUAACCACUACCAUUACUCUCCUUCUAAAAUCUAUACCUCUUCCUUCUCUUCCCUUUAUCUCCAGUCUCCUCCACCACAUUUCCCCCCUCCAUUAUUAUCGUUAGUUAGUGCAUUCCUUUCCUUGUUUUUAUUUUAAGGUUGUAGGCUUGUAGCUAGGCCGACCCCACCAAAAUGCCUCUUUUUCUGUGACGAAAUCUAACUCUACAGUACGUUUUGAGACUUCAGUCUGGACUCUGGAGUCUCCUCUGCAAUGGCUUUCUUCAACAUGUCAGGUCUGGUUUUUCUUUGUUUGGUUUUGAGUUUCAAAGGGAAAUGUGAAGCUUCUUCUCAGUUCUCCGUUAAGUUCUUAAAGGCUCCCCCUACAUUUUCACACCACAACUCAGCCAAAUUUGUAUUUCAACUAUUGGGAACUGCCAAUUUUACUUGCUCACACUGUAGCAUCAUUUGCAAGCUGGAUGAUGGGUCUGCUUCAGAUUGUAGAGCUAGAAAGAUUUUGUACUCAGGCUUACAAGAUGGAAACCACUCGUUUGUGGUCUGCAUAAAUGGCUCUCGAGGACCUGCCUGCUCUAGCUAUAACUGGACUGUUGAUACUGUCCCUCCCACUGCAUUUAUAACCUCAUCAACACCUUUCACAAGUACCUUAAAUGUUUCUGUAAAUAUUUCUUUCACUGAAUCUUGUUCUGGUGGAGGAGGUUUUAGAUGUUCAUCUGUCAAUGAUUGCAACUUGCUUGUUUAUGGUGCUGGCGAAGUUGUACCAUCAUCACUCACCAUUCUGGAGCCAAAUCUCAAGUAUUUGCUUUUUGUGAGCAUAUCAUCUGCUUCUCAGUAUGGACGAUUGGUAUUGGUAAUGGACAGGGAUUUUUGUUCUGAUGCUGCUGGGAACCCAUUUACUAGAUCACCAAAUUCAACUUUCUAUGUGCAUUAUGAUAGAAGAAGUGUAUUUGUUGACCUGAGGGUUCAUGUUCCUGAGAAAUUGCUUCAACUACAAAGUGAAGUUAGGACAGUGCAGGCAACAAAUAAUUACAAUAACCUUAAGGUGUACCUGUACUUCUCAACACCUAUUCUCAACUCAUCGACCGAGAUUUUAAGUUCUCUGAGCAUUAGUCAGGGUACGCUUCUUCCUAUUAUUGGAGAACAUCAUGGGAAUCGCAGAUUUGGCUUUAUGGUUGCUAAUAUAUCUAAUAUAGCUAUAAUAACAAUAAGCCUCAGUGCAAACUCUACAAUAAGCAGACAAGGGACUCCGGUUUCUCCAAUUGCACCUGUUACUUUCCUUUAUGAUUCUCAGAGGACUGCAGUGAGAUUAAGCACAAGUCAUAUGAGGACACAAGAAGACAACAUCCCGAUUUCGAUAAAGUUCAAGAAGCCUGUUUUUUAUUUUAAUUCAUCAUUGAUAUCCAUCAGUGGAGGGAAAUUGCGGAGCUUCCAUGAAAUUAGUAGAAGCAUAUAUGCUGCAGAAAUACUCGCAGAUGAUGAUGUUGUUUCUGUUAGUGUCCCUGAGAAUGUAACUGGGGAUGUUGCUGGAAAUAAGAAUUUGGCAUCUAAUGUUCUUCGAGUGAGGCAUUAUACUAUACCUGUAAUCUCUUCGGUGAUUUCCAUCUUUGUAACUGCUGUUUUUUUGGUGACAUGUUUCACUGCGGGGCUUCUGACCAUGUCGACUGCAAGCCUUCAAUCGGUCGGUGCAUUUUCAAGACCAUCUUCAUCUUUGUCAUCUGACCCAGCAAGGAUUCUCUUUAGAAGUGCAUGCCACAUUCAGGUUUUUGCACUGAUUAGGUGGUUACCGGUAACAUUGCCGGUAGAGUAUUAUGAAUUUGCAAAGAGUUUAGAGUGGAGCAUUCCUUAUUUUAGUCUCCCAUGGGAAACUGGGCAUGUUCAGCCAGUCAUGAUGGGUGCAAGCCCCAGUGGAACUUCAAGUUCUUUCCUUUCCCAAGCAUAUGAUAGGGAAAUCUCCCAUACUUUUCAACCAAAAAAAGAUUUCAAAAUAGCAGCUGCAGUAUACGGUUCACCACUUACUCCGAUUGAAUAUAGAUCAUUUUUCGAGAGCCAAAGCAUUAUACCAGAAGCAGAAUAUAUUUCGGAUAGGCUGCAUUCAAAUGGGUGGAGGAAUUUUGAUAGAAGCUUGUUCUGGUUAGCCGUAAUUGGUGGCAGUUUGAUACUGUUACAUGCUUUUCUAUUUCUCAUUCUCAAGUACAAGAAGAGAGAUUCAGAAAAGCAGAGGAGUUUUGGGGCGCUCAUAUUUCCUAGACUCGAGAUAUUUCUCGUAAUUCUUGCACUACCUUGUAUCUGCCAGGCCUCCGCUGCUCUAGUUGCAGGAGGAACACCAUCAGGAGUUGUAGUUGGCAUUCUGUUGCUGGGUGCUGUGGCUUUUGUUCUGCUGUCAUUAUUUUUGUUCUUGUCGGUCGGAAUUACAUUUGGAAAGCUGCUUCUGUACAAGGAAGUACACCAAGAAGGCCAGCAAUUUCACUGGUACCAAGAGCUCAUCCGAGUUACUCUUGGUCCGGGUAAAAGAGGGCAGUGGACUUGGAAAAAUGAAGCCACCUCUAUUUAUCUAACCAUGUUAGGCCCUCUAUUCGAAGAUUUAAGAGGUCCUCCAAAAUAUAUGGUUUCACAGAUAUCUGGUAGCAGUCUCAGCAGCAGCAGGCAAGGUGACCGUAUCAUUGCUUCGGAUGAUGAAACGGAGGAUGCUGAAGCACCUUUUAUUCAAAAGUUGUUCGGAAUACUCAGAAUAUACUAUACCAUGUUAGAAUCUGCGAAAAGAGUUACACUGGGAGUUUUGGUAGGUGCCUACUUGGAUAACCGUGCGUCUAAGACUCCAAUAACUGUCAUGCUGUGCAUAACCUCUUUUCAGCUAUUCUUCCUUGUUCUUAAGAAGCCUUUCAUCAAGAAAAGGGUACAGUUGGUUGAAAUUAUCUCUCUUUGCUGUGAAGUGGGCAUGUUUGCUACUUGCCUUGUUCUAUUGGAGAAGGAAUCUUCGAUUGCAAUUGGGGUCCCCAUGCUUAUAUUGUUCCUAGUAAGGUUCAUGGCACAAAUGGUCGGUGAAGGAUAUGCUUUGUAUGAACAAACAAAGCAACUAGACACUGUUGAGAACUCUUUCUUCACAGGUUUAAAAAUAGCUUCAAUUGGAUUUCUCCUAUAUUUCAUCCCUCAGAAACUGAUGAAAAGCUUUGAAAGCAAAUUCCCAGUAUUUCAGUGCAUGGAAACGACUAGUUUUCCUGGUGAUAGCAACAAGAGCACUUCUGAGACAUUGGAGAAACCAUGGCCGAAGCAACUAAGGGAAAUGGCGAAGGCUAGCUUUAGUAAAGAUGGAAGCAAUGCUCCGACUGAUCCUUCAAGCAGCCGAACCAAAUGGAGCGGGCUUUGGGGUACAAAAAGGAGUGGGAGCUCAUCUGUAGAUUCCCAUUCAGAUUUCAAGCCGAAGUCAAAAUCAAAAGGACUGUACAAAGACUUAGAAGCCAUUUUUGCUUCCAAAUGAUGCCUGUUCAUCCCCAAAACCCAAAAAUGUAACAAAACUUGACUUCACUACUUGAAUGCAUAGCUCAGACAACCCAUUCUUCAAACUAUUUAAUUGAUCU